GGAAGGCAAUACUAUCAACAGGAAGCGGAAUGUGAUUACGAAAGAAGACUGCUGGUCGUGUGACAACGCAUGGAUCACAGCCCCCUCUGACACAUGUAUCAUACAGAUGGUUCACGGUUUACACACAGCUUGUCUGCAAAUCAUCGGAAAACAUCAAGUCCUAACAUAGCUCAGCACAAUGGUUUCCUUGGCGAUGAUAUGGAUAGCAUGUUUGGUAGUUGCUACUAGAGCCACUCCAUGCAAGGAAACCUAUCACUGUUCAGACUGUGACAGAGAGUCCGGGGAUUGCCUCACUGAGUGUGACACGGGGUAUUACGAUCGACAAUGCAGUUCUACCUGCAGCAAGAACUGUAGAAAUAACAAAUGUGUGACCUCGAGCUAUGGUAGUGAUAACUGCACUGACGGGUGUGUGCCAGGAUACCAAGGCAUUGGCUGCAACAUACUAUGUGACAGUCCAGGAGGUAACUGUACAGUAUGUCCAGGUGGUUGUGAUGGAGGAUAUUGUCAGUUGAACUCCUCCUGUGUGUCUGGAUGUGUAGACUCCUACUACGGGUCUGACUGUGGUGGUAAAGUGGGACUGCAUGUAGGGCUUGCCACAGCAGCUUUCGGUAUCAUGACUGUCAUCUCUCUGGUUGUGUGCUGCAAGUACCGUCACCGCUUGAGAAGGGACAGUGUUACCAAGACAAAGGAUGUUGUGUGCGACUCUGUUGUCGAGAAGGGCGAUGCCCCUGUUGUGGAGCUGGAAUGGUAUUCUGAGAUACCACUGAAAGACAUGGCCAUGCAAUGUGGGUCAUCUAAUGGAAGAGGAAGUGCAGCUGGUGGUGGAGCGGAUGAUGUUUAUGACGUUGCAGAUGUAGACAAACGGAAAUUUGCUGGUGAUUUUGGCAAUAUUUACUCAAAAUUGUCACAUGCUUAGUAAAUAUUUUGUUUUGCAAAGGUCUUUCGUUAACUAAUGACGCUGUCUAUCCAGUAUGCAAUUCUUCAAAAGGACUUUCCCCUCCGAGAUAAAGUGGACAGAGGAUCUGCCCAGAUUGUGGAAUGUUGGUGGUUCGAUACAAGCAUUCAGCAUUACGAGGAAAAGGGCUGGGAUUCAGUAUAUUGUCUCUGAGGCUGCAAUUUCCAUGCUAAACUGUGCCAUGGCAUCUUAAUGAGUUCCCGCUAUAAAACUGGAAUAGCUCGGGACACAUGCAUGCACAUCGCUUUGUAAGUGCAACUAUCUUGAAAGUUAAACCAUUUUUUACCUCAGCUUAGUUUGAACAGAUAUUUCAUAUUGUAGAAUAUAGUAUGAUGUGUGUAAUUAGUAUUCACAAAACUAUAUAAAUGGAACCAUAUCCAACCUUU